AUGCUUGACAUCGCGGGGGCGCGCCCUCACGUAUGGAGGAUUGCUAUUUUUGUCGUCGGUCUACUCACGUUAUUUUUGUUUUUUGACCCCAUCGGUUUCGCGUCUUCGUCAAUGGACGCGAUGGCCAAUCGAGGGCCUGGCGAUGCCGACACCCUCACACACGUCGUCAUGUUCCAGUUUAAACGCGAUGCCGACCCAGCGGCCGUUGAUGUGGCAUGUGCCAAAAUGAUGUCUUUAAAAGACAAUUGCGUUGCCCAAAACUCCAAAUUCCCCUACAUCAAGAGUCUGACCGGGGGGAAGGACAACUCGAUUGAAAAGCUACAGGUUGGUCAUUUUACGUGGGUCUCACAUUCUAUUGUUAAUGAUCGUCGCAGCAUGGCGCGACACACGCUUUUCGUUGUCCAGUUUGCAAACGCAGACGACAGGAAUUACUAUGUUGAGCACGACCCGGUGCACCAGGCCUUUAAGCAGGAGAUUAAACCGCUGGUCGAGGCAACGACCGUGUUGGAUUUUACGAAUGGGAAGUUUACGUGA